CAACCCACCUGCUCUCUCUCUCUCUCUCUCUCUCUCUCUCUCUCUCGGGGCGAUGGAGGCCGCGACCGCGAGCAGCAAGCAGGAGACGGGGAGGAGCGGAGGCGCAGGAGAUGGCGGCGACGGCGGCGGCGAGGCGAAGAGGAAGGAGGAGGCGCUCGCAUCCAGCAGGCUCCUCGACCCGGGAUUCAAGCCCUCCAAGCUGUCGCAGGACCGGCUCGACAAGUUCAAGGAAUUGCACAAGAAACGGUUACAGAUAACUGAAAAGCCAAAGCAUAAAAGAAAACCGAAAGGAACAACUGGGAGAAGUACCAAAGUAAACAACGAUUAUAAAUUCCCUGACAAGGAUGAAUCUGCUGAUAGUUCUCCAAGAGAUGUACACCAUUCAUCGUCAGUUACAAUAAUCCAAGAGGAUCCUGCAUCAGCCAUGGCCUCAAGGAACAAAAGGAAACUACAUUGGGGACUUGAUAUUAAAGAACGAUGGGAAAGGAAGGCAAACAUGUGAAUAUCUGAAGAUCUAACAGCAAAGGCAUAUCCAGCUGCAUUCAACUGAAAGCUGAAGGGCAAAAGAAAAAUGGCAGGCCGUUUCUACGGACCAUCAGGUUGCUGGUCAGGUUCAUGUGUCUGUCAGCAGGCAGAACACUGGAGGCCUGGAGCGCAAAGAAAAAUUCCAGAGCUGAGCAGGAAGUUAGCAUCAGAUUUUCUUGGUUUUGUCUGAUAUUCUCUCCAGAUGCCUGGCUAGACUUUGCUCUGUUGUACCGUCUGAUUAGCUUUCAAGUGCCAGCCAGGAUAGUGUUUGCACGUUCACUUCCUGCGGUACGUUUGUUUUAUGUUUGUCGCUUUCACUUGUUUAUCGCUUUCACUUCCUGUGAGAAGCAUUGAUGGUACAAGACAACAGAGGCCCACGUUCAGGAUCUGUGCAACCUUUGCAAGGCCUAGCAGGCUAGUGUUGAUUUGGGCCUUUUCCCUUGCAACUAUUAAGUUUAUCACAAAUGUUGAGUAUGAUUUGAUAGCAUAAUUGCAUAAAGGAUUAUCGA